CUCGGGCAUCGUCCCUUCCCGUCCCGUCCCGCCGGGCCCCCGCCAUGCGCCACAGCCUCACGCAGCUGCUGGCGGCCUCGGCCGGCGGGACCGGCCCGUCGGGCGCCGCGUGGCCGCUGCCCGGCGCGGGGCAGGCCCCGAGAGGGCGGGAUGUCGGCGGGGAGAGCGACCCGGGCCCCGCGCGGCCCAAGCCCCCGGGCGCCUCGGAGCCGCGGCGGCAGGAGAAGGAGGCCGAGGCGCCCAGCGGCCCGCUGGAGGUGUGGGAGCAAGAGGACUGGUUCCCGGGACUGGAGCUGGGAGACCUGCUGGAGGCGGCCCGGCCGGACUGGGACCUGGAGGCGGAGCUGAGCGGCUGCUUCUGUGAGGAGCCGGAGCCGCUGCCCCCGCCGGGCCAGGGCCCGCGUCCGGCCGUGUCCGGGCGGCGGAGCGGCGGGGCCGGCAGCCGGCUGAAGGCGGCGGCGGCGGCGCGGCUGAACCGGCUGAAGAAGAAGCAGUACGUGCUGGGGCUGGAGAGCCGCCUGCAGGGCCUGGCUGCCGAGAACCGGCAGCUGCGGGACCGCAACCGCGGCCUGAGCCGCCGCCUGCGAGAGCUGGAGCGGGAGAGCAGCUACCUGCGGGCCGUGCUGGCGAACCAGAGCGCGCUGGGGCAGCUGCUGAGCCGCCUGGCCGGGACCCGCGCCGGCGGGCUGCAGCUCAGCACCAGCCUCUUCAGGGACACGGGCAGCCCCCGCCGCCAGCACCAGCACCUCCAGCCCGCCGGCGAGAGCAGCGACCACGACUACGCCCUGCCCAGCUCCCGGCCCCGCGGCCUGGAGGAGGCGGCCGUGGGGACUGAGGCGGAGGAGGAGUGGGCGGCCCCCGGCGGGAUUUGCCUGCACGUGGACCGGGAUCAGGUGUCGGUGGAGUUCUGCUCCAUCUGUGCUCGGCGGGCAGCGGCCUCCUUCAAAAUGUAGGGUCAAGUACCUGCUGCAAGUACUCGUGGGGUUCUCACCCCUAAGGGCCUCGCGUCGCGGCGGAGGAAACAGGCGAUGUUUCUCUUUUAGGUGCUUGCCCUGCCAGGCUCCGUUGUGUAGGGGUUAAAGAACAGUCGUUUUCCACCUCGCAACCUGGUAAGGAUCAAUAUAUUCCCAUAAUGCGGUAUCAGACAGCUUGCUUUGCUUAUCCCAGUCUCUUGUAAGGACUGGUUGAGGAAAUAAUUUCUCUGGUCCUUGGCCUACUCUGCCGAAAUGUUUCUAGCUCUGGAUGGUAACUAAUAAUGAAGGCUACAAUCACAUCAUUCUCAUUAGCUGUUUUCCCCUUUUCCUUUUUGAAACUGAUACAUUCGCUACAUAGCCAACACACAGCUACAUGUUGAAUUAAAAACGCUCAUGCCAUUUGAAAUAGAAAUUUUCUAUUAAACAAAGUAUCUGAUGAGCUGAAAAGGGAAAACAUGCUAAUAAAGAGGAUGUGCAUUUAUAGCUUUAAUCACAGGGGACUGUCCCAAAAGUGUAAGUAAAUUGCUUUUUCACUGAAUUAAAAAAAAUAAUUUUGUGACCUGUUAGUUUAAAAUACUGUCCAGUGUUAGGGAUGCACGGUACCUUUUAAAAGUCCUUCUCUGUCUUGCUCCAAUUCAUGAUGCAGGGUUAUGUCUGAUUAAACAGAACCUGAACACUGGUUAAAUCUGUACAGUAGAAUCCUCAUGUAGAGGAGUCAGUCUUUUGCAUGGACCUCUAAUGAGAAUUGGGUUUGAAGAAUGCAGUGCAUCAAAGUAACUAGUUACUUUAUCUUCCCAUAAAUAAAUCUCUGUGCCUAUGCACACUGAAAUUCCUACGUUACUUCAGAGUAGCUUUAAAGUCUAAAAAAUAUUGCGUGUAUAUGCAUGUGCUUAAUUUUACUGUAGAAUUCUUAAUUUAGCCUCCUACAGUAUCCAGAAAUCUGUAACUUCAUACAAUUAAGCACACUUUGGAGAUGAGCAAAUAUGUUUCUAGAGGCUAAUGAUUUGAAAAAUGCUCCACAGUUAACUGAGAUAGGAGGAAGAAUAGUUUGAAGAACAAAUAGUGUGUGUUUUCUUGUACUAGUCAGUGUUUCUCCCUAUCACAAAAGAUGAGUGGGUUCUUUUUUCAGUUGUAUUAUAAUGUUUAGGUUGUUUAAAUGUAUGUCAGUUGGGGGAAGAAGGAUUGUGGAAAUGAUAAUAUGUAAAGUGAGGUUUCACAAAGAAUACUUUCCAAAUCAGUUUCAUUUAUCAACUUCUUAAGAAAAAAAUCUAUUUAGUGUUUCUGAAAUACUGCUUCUUAAAGCCUUAAAUUUUGUGUUUAAGGCUAAGUAGGUGAAAGUGUUCUCUCCCAGUCACUUGCUUCAUUGGUGCUAGACCCUAUCACGUGUUCAUCAGUAUAAAAGGAGUUUGAUUUUCUUUGUGAAACAUCACUCUGUGAUAAAGUAUAUGUGUAUUUAGCAUCCUUGUUUUUCUUUAUGCUAAAGUGGAUUCAGCUGUGUUGGGGCAGAAGAGACGGGACCAGCUGCUGGCCACAUUUCCUGCUUUAUUUUAAAAGGUAGUAUAAGAAAUGAGAAUAAAGAGGUAACAGGGCUUUUGCUGUCUUUGGUUAAAAAGAAAAAAGUUGAAUGCUGGGAUCAUUUACUGUCAUUCAAGAUUUUUUUAAAAAGAUAAUAUCCUAUCAACCAGGUUUUACUCUACUGUAUGCAGAAUUCCAUCUGUUCAGGGUAUAUUGCCAGCACAAAAGAGACUUAGCGGGAUAUGUGUUACCUUACACCUCUGUGGUGGAUCAGCAGGGCUGUUCAAAGUUUCAGUCUUAAAUUGGGUAGCUGCUGUAACUGAUGGGUUAUACUCGUGCCACAGGAGUCAGAGUUAACCACCAGGACUUGCACUGACUGAUAUGCAAAAUGGAAAUAAUGUAGAUUCAACCUAGGCUCAACCUGCCUAGCUCAGACUUCAUGGAACAUGCUUUAUUUUGCAGUUUAUUGACAAAAAGAAAAACAUUAAUGUAGUGUGGGAUGUUACAGUGGCAUUUUCACGGUUACUUCAGUGUAGAAGUGUUUUUUAAGUUAAAUAUGCAUUCUUUCUUGUCGCAUCACUGCUAAAUGGCAGGGUCAGGGACUCAGUUCUUCUGGUCUCUGUGUGAACCUGCACGUCGCUCUGUCGUGACAUGACCUGUGAGCUGUGUCUGAGAGCAGCUGAUUUUCUGACAUGCAAAAUGAUGUAUUGUGGUACAAGAACAAGGUUAAGUCCCAAGAAAGUCAGUGGCUGCAGGCAUUUCUAGUGCCUACUGAAUCAUAUUUAAACCAAAUAGUGGGGAGGAAGCUAUUUGAAACUCUUGACUGUACUAUCUGUAUGGUGUAUUAUUAAUGUAGCUUUUUGAAGUGAAAGCCUUGAAAUGACACAAUACUUGAAAAUAUAUUGUAAAUGUUUCCUUGUAAUUAUGUGCCAUCCAGAUAAGAAUAUAAUAUCAUAAUAAAAUCAGACUUGUUGAUCUUUCAGUUUAUGGGCUCAAAUGUUUUUGCAUCUUCUCAUUAAUGUCUUGGUUCAGUAAACAAAGUGGGAAAACAAAGGAAAAUGCUGUUUCUGCUCUCUUUGUGGGUCAUCCACUGAAAACAAGAUAAAAUGGAUCAGGGUAUGCAGCAGAAAUGUUCUGGCUCAUCUGUAUUUAAAGAUAAUUUUGUGCUAAGGACAAAGAUGUUAUUCCUUGAACUGCAGAUAGAGUUGUACUUCUGAGAAUCAGCACAUCUUGUGUUCUAUAGUUGUUUUUCUUUCUUGAUUUUUUUUAAAUAUGGGUAUGUUUGAUCUAUAUACCAUGGAGGAGGAAAAUGGUUACAUAAACCCUUUCGUGGUCUGUUGGCAUCUUCCUGCUUUCUGUCCUUUUUUUAGGCUCUGAAGUUUGAUGACUGGUUAAUAAUAUGCUGUUGAAUCACAAUCUCAUCAGAUUGGUAUUUCCACACUAAACACUGGAGUGAGUGUUUAAAGCCAAAAAGUUUGACGGUGCUGAAAGGACAGAACAUUUUCAGAGCUCCAGAGUGAGCCAUGCACUGUACUUUUUGAUUUCUGUUCAUCUUAAAUGCUUUAUUUGUAGGACAGUUUUAAAAUAGUGCUUUCCAUGUGCAGGCGUUUUAGUGAAAGUGGUCUGCAGCUUGAUGAAAAGGAACAUCUGACAAAAAAUAGUGUAAAAAUUCAAAAGCAUACUGGCAUGCUCUGCCUUUUUGGCCUGUAGUUGUGGAAAGUACCCUGUUCAGCACUGGAAUAUGUGCAUACCACAGAACCAAGUGAUGCCAGUGUUCAGCUGCAUAGCUGUGCUACCUACAUUUUUCAGUAUUUCUCCACCCCAGAGUCAAUCAAAGAAGCAUUUAAAUAGGGAAACAAUUUAAUGCUCAGUUCUCCUUUAGUCCUUUACAGUUUGAUUCGGGUGCUGUGACUCUUAGUACUGUUCUAAAUUAACUUCUCUCUCUUUCCUCUGAAGAGCUUUGCAGCAUCUGGGAGGAAAAAAACAAAUCGGUGCUUCUGCAAUCUGUAGAUGCCUGGAGAGAUGGUACCAGAGGAAAUGUAGGAAACUCAGUUCCAACAAUUGGCAUCUCUUCGUACUUCCAGACUAUCAGAUUUCUCAUGCCAUUUGUCAAAACUGUAAUCAGUUUUCCGUGUGAAACAGGCCUUUUGUACAUGUACUGAUUUUUAAAAUCCCAUGUUUUCUAGAGCUUUUAAAGAGGUUUUCUGCUGGAAUCAGCAAUAUUCUGGUUAUAGGGCUGUAUUUACUGCUAGACUGUAAAAUGUCUGAAAGAUAUGUUAAGUAUGGGAGCUGUUCAAAUGGACUCUGUUUAAAGAACACCCUGCACCAAAAUUCCAUAUUGCCAGCUGCCGAUUCUACAGAUUUUACGCCUAAUUGAAGUGGGAUAUGUAGAUGUGGGGAAAUAAUCCCUGUGGAGAAAUGAUUCUGUGCUCAUUAGCAGGAGGAUGCCAAGAGCGGGACUGGGGUAUGUAUCAGAAAGAUGGGCGUAUCAUUUGCAGGGGGCUGUGGAAUAGAUUGCAAAGUUGAUAUCCAGCAUCAGAAACGGAUGCAAUAAUCGCUGAGCCUGUCAUAGCCAUUCUUAAAGAUAACUACUGCAAAAUAACACCUUAAUUUUAUGUUUUUAUUAUCGCAGGUAAGUGGUUCUGUUGGUUAGUCUGAUGGCUUCUGGAGAUAUGACAAUGCACUGUCAUGUAAAAUAAUUGCUCCGUGAGAAUCCCCGAAGUCAGGGUGGUUAAGGUAAGGCCAAGCUCUCUGUUUCGAUGCAGACCAGUAUGGAACCCCACACGACACAGCAAUACUUACAAUCAAGAGAAACUGAACUAUCUCUGUGUAACAACAGGUAGUCUGUAUUUACUGCUUCCCUGUACAAAUCAGGCUGCUACUCCUGGUUAUAGAGAAAUAAAGUGUGUGAUUUUCCUGCUGUAAUGACAGAUUUUUAAGGAAAAUGUAGAUAAACACGAUGAAACUCCUUAAUACAUUUUUCAUCAGUGUUACAGCAUAAAUUUUAACCCAAUUCAAUUAGUCUCAGUGUUGAAUUCUUCAUUCUAAUUAAUAAAUAUUUCCACACGCAUCUCAGGGGAUACUAGAAUUUUACUGAAGUGUACAUGAAUUGGCCAGUAACUGUACAGCUUUUUCAAUUACAGAAUUAUCUAGGUUGGAAAAGAUGGGAGUCCAACUUCUGACCAGUCACCAGACUUUUCAAUUAGACCAUGGCACUAAGGGCCACGAACAGUCGUUUCUUGAACACCUCCAGAGAUGGUACCUCCCACUUCCUCCCUGGGAAUGCUUAUUCCAUUCCAAUGCUUAACAACCCCUUCUGUGAAGAAAUUCCUCCUAGCACUUUAUAUUGCUCUAGAACAGACACCAACAGUCACCAAUGUGAAGACAUGCCUGACUUGUAAAUGCAUUACUUUAGACCACUGAUCUUAGAACUAGAAGUAACUGAGAUAUCACAGUAAUAGCACCAGCCCUCGGAGGCCUCUUGACACACUUCCAUCCUUCAGGAAAAGAGUAAUUUCAAGGCAAAACAAGGACAAAGUGUGCUCUGACUAGACUGUUUUUUGGUUGCUUGAUAUACAUGCUGAGAAGCCUGACACGAGUAUCACUCUGAUUGCUCUGUGGUAGUGUUCUCUUCAGUGUACAGCGUGACCCUCUUAACAGCCUAAAGGACUGUCAACCUUGUGACAGAAAUUUUGUGCUAGCAGAAUGGAGAAAAGGGAGAAUAGUACUCAGAUUUUGAGGAGUAUCUAGAAAACCCCUGCCUUGACCCCCCCUUUUUAAAAAAACCCACCAAACUCUGGUUUGCGUUACGGAGAAAAAGCCUCCUUUUCCAAGAAUACUUAUUUUAAGAACUUCUAAAAGAUGUAGCAUCACCUUAGAGCCAAACACUAAGCAGGCAGUAUAAAUAGUUUUUUGCCCCCAUUUCCAAACAAACACACCUGUCUAUAAUACUGUUAUUCAGGUGUAUACUCUAUGCUGGGCAUAACAAAAAACUUAACCUGCAUUGAAGUUCAAAACUUGAAAAGUAUCAGUGCAGAGUCUUUGUUUUUCUAUUAAAAAAAGACAGAAAGCAACAACUUCCUUUCCUUGUUUAUUAUGGUUACUUAUUCAAGGCAAUUGAACAGUUACUGUAGCUCUUCAGGGUCCCUGCUAAGGUGCAUCUGCUGUAGUAUUUUGACAUAUAUUCCGUGGUGUUUAGUGGCAAGAUAUAAUCCAGUUAGAGCCUGUACCAGUACACCCAGACUCAUCUUUCUAAAGACAGGCUGAGCGACUGUGAGCCAGUAGCGGACUGCGUUUUCUUUCCCUGGCAAGGGAGAUGACAUGUACCUGAACAACAUAAAGAGUGAUAGAAACUUACUUCUUUUUCCCAUGCAAAUGUCAAGAUUUAACAUUAUAAAUAUUUAGGUAGAUAGUCAUUUUCUCCUUCCUCUCCUAAGUAAUACUCACCUGGUGGUACUGAGCUCUCUGGAUAAAUGCUGUAAAAGAUCCUGACCCAGUACUGAGUCUUGCCAAGCCUUGCUGUGCUCUGAAUUACACAGAACGACACCUGCCAGGGAGUUUGGCUGCUAGGCACUGCCCAGGGUCACUGAGGUCUCUCAGCUCUCCAGCCAUCUUCACAGCUUGGCAAGAUGGUAGCCACCACUGCCCACACCCAGGCACAUCCUGGGUGGCUCGUAGGGUUCCAGUUAAAUACAAGUGCUUCCCAGUGAAUCGGUUUGCAGAUCUUGUUUCAUUUUAAAGCCUUGGUGUAGCUCUUACAAACUUCACCUUGUAAUUAGAUGACCUUAAUAUAAACCCCCUCCCCAUGUAUUACAUGCCUACAAGACAGGUGUGCACAGACUAAAAUUCCACAGAAUUUACUCUGAGAGCUGAAGAUUUAACCAAUAAAUACACUUGAUUCAUUGCAGGUUAAUAAGACAUACCUGGCUGCAAGGCUUCCGUUCAGGGGGAGAGCCAGGAAAACAGGAUAGAGAGCACCCACAACAGCCCCUACUAAUCCUCCUCUGACCACGGCACAGACCUCACAGUUCAGCUGACCUG